GCUAUCUAUUGAUAAGAUCUUUCGUCUUUGUUUUUUUAGGAAUUCGGCGUACCCACUACCCAAGACAAAGGCGGCUUACCACAAGGACCCCACCUCCGUACGACUACUUGGGAGAUUGUUCGCGCUUUGAAUCAAAGUACGGAAUCGUACCUUUAUAGCUACUUUGUAUUCUACAUAAAAACGAGGAGCGUGUAUCAUGUCGAUAGGAGCCCAACUUGCUCCUCUUCUAGCAACUAGUUCUAAUAUGAUAUUAGCUCUAAUAUUAAUGUUUGAUGGGCCGAAAAAAUCAUCUAAUAAAUUUCCGAUUGAGGAAACGUGUAACAAAUAACUUGCAUAUCAAGAAUCUCUUUAAAGAAAUUUCAUAUUACUGAAAUAUUCUUGAUCGGUACGGUACAAUAUCACGAAGAAGGAUUUAUGUCAACAAUAUUGAGCAUCCAAUGCCAGAAAGUCAAACAAUUAGAAGCCUCAUACCAUUUAUGUCAGCAUUAUUUGAGCAUCCAAUGCCAUGCAUGCUGUACACGUCAACUUAGCUGAGAUAGGUGGGGGAGAAAAUUGUCAUGUCUUUGGCCACACGAGUCUCUUGCUUGUGCUUGUAAAGCUGUAAGCUUUUUCCUGAGGAAGAAACCAUUCGACAGCUAAGAACAGCUGUUUUCCGAACGUUAGUAGCAGUAGCAGGUUGCUACUUAUUGGAUCGAAACUACCCCAGUAAGAACUAGAAUCCAAGAAUUAGAAUGAUCCUUUCUUUCUCUGCAGAGAUUUGCUCUUCGGCAUGCUCUACACGUUGAUUGGAAACUCAUCAACGCCCUUUGCCAUUUGUCAAUGUGCAUGGUUCCCCUGGAAGCUUCAUAAUAGAACGUCCAGUUCCCAGGUUGCCAGCCAUUCUAGAGCAGCAGCAGCAACAGCAGCAGCAGCAAACAGCAGCAUGGAUUCCUUGACCGAACUGGCGGCUGUCGGUGGAGAGAACCUUCCUGCAAAGUACAUCCAUCCCAAUGGGAUCAAUGGAGGGAAAGACCCUUUUCUUCUACCCUUCAUCGACAUUCCAGUGAUUGACGUGGGUCACUUCACAAAUCCUUCCACUGACACAGGAAAAGAACUUGAGAAACUCCGUGCAGCUCUGAGUUCAUACGGAUGUCUCUUGAUAAUAAACCAUGGAGUGGAAAGUUUGCUUCUUGACAAAGUUCGGACGGUGUUCAAGCAAUUCCUCGCACUACCGACAGAACAGAAGCUCGAAUGCUGGACAGAAGGGUUUCAAGGAUACGGGAGUGACCCAUUAGUCACAGAUGUAAUGGUGCAUGAUUGGUCCCACAGAUUGCGCCUUAUAACAUGCCCUGAAGAAAUGAGACAGAUGAAAUAUUGGCCUGAAAACCCAAAAAAUUUCAAGGAAGUUCUCCAUGAAUACAGCACCAAGUUGCAGGUGCUUCAUGAUGUCAUGCUGAAGGCCAUGGCAAAGUCAUUGAAGCUGGAUGAGAGUGUCUUUCUGCGGAUGAUUGGAGAACCGGUGAUCAUGUCUGCAAGAUUCAACUUCUACCCUCCAUGUCCGAGGCCUGAUCAAGUCCUUGGGCUCAAGCCACAUUCUGAUGGAACAGUGAUCACUUUUCUCCUGCAAGACAAAGAAGUGGAAGGGCUUCAAGUUCUGAAAGAUGGUCAAUGGUUUAGAGUUCCGGUCAUCCCGGAUGCUCUGGUCCUCAAUGCUGGCGAACACCUAGAGAUAAUGAGCAAUGGAGAGUUCAAGAGCCCGAUUCACAGAGCAGUUGUAAACUCUGAGAGGAAGAGGAUAUCCCUGGCUGCACCUUCUAUUCCUCACGAUGGAAAUGAAAUAGAACCAGUUGAAGGUUUGGUCAGUGAAGAAAGGCCAAGGCUAUUCAGGAAGGUGAAGUACAAUGGAAGAAUUCACCUUCGCUACUAUCAGAGUGGAAGAAGAAUGGUCGAUGAUGCGAGAAUUUAAGUUUCAUUAACAAGCUAUGCCUCCUUGGUGUUGU